ACAGCGAGGGCAUUAAAAUGCACGAUAAGAUUAGAUGAGAUGGAGAGCCGCAUGCGACGGGUAAUGGAUUAGGGUUUGAGGAAAGCAGUCUCAUUAAGCCCACUAAUCCACACAUCUCUAAUUUCUCAUCCACUAAACAAUUAUUUUCAAUUUCCAGUAAUAACAACAGCAUCACGAUCCACCCAACGACCGACCGACCGACGCGAACUUAUUUCCCGUCCCCGAGGUAAGUCAACAAGCCUAUUUGAAUCCCCCUUACCUUUUCUCUCGAGAUGCUCCCAUUCGAGAAAAGAAAGAGGGACACUCAAAAUGGCUCAUGACUGAUCUUUUUUUUGGCGGCCUCCGCUCGAUUAGACCACAUAAUUCAAUAUGGUUAAAACUUCAGUUCUUAAUGAUUGCUUGAACGCUAUCAACAACGCCGAGAAGGCUGGAAAGAGACAGGUCCUUAUUAGGCCUUCUUCCAAGGUCAUUGUCAAGUUCUUGAGUGUCAUGCAGAGGCACGGUAAUUACCCUGUUUAUAUAUGCCCUGAGUUUUCCUUCACUGGGGGUUCGAGUUCCUGUUUGCGUUUUUCCUUUCCUUUCCAUACUCGGGAUGAUAACUAGACGAGCUGUCUCGAACUCUCCACGGCCUUUGUCCUUUAAGUUCCCGAAAAAUCAAAUACCACGCGCAGGAAUCUUACACGUUUUCUCUUCCUUUCAUUCUUGAAUUUCUCCUGUGGAUCUCGUAAACGUUUAAUCCGGUGCGACAUACUGAUAUAUUAUAGGAUAUAUUGGCGAGUUCGAGGAAGUUGAUGACCACCGUUCCGGAAAGAUCGUUAUCCAGCUCAAUGGACGUAUCAACAAGACUGGAUGUAUCUCUCCUAGAUACAAUGUCAAGCUCGGUGAUCUCGAGAAGUGGGUUGUCAAGCUUCUUCCCUCCCGUCAGUUCGGGUUCAUUGUCUUGACCACCUCUGCUGGUAUUAUGGACCACGAGGAGGCCAGGAGAAAGCAUGUCGCCGGGAAAGUCAUUGGAUUGUGAGUUUAUCCUUAGAUGGGGUAUCGAAGUCUCUAGGGUUAUAGUUACUAACUGUUACUCUUCGUAAUAGCUUCUACUAGAUACCUACUAAAAAUGUGGGGGGAUCUCAGUGGAUUUCUUGAAUGUAGCGAAUAAUAAAAAUGGCUCGGAUUAGCUAAAAAGUUACUGCCCUUUUCUUCUCUUAUCCUAGGGUUUGGGGAGGGAUCUAAUUUCAAAUCAAUGGAGUUUUGCCUUUCGGGAUGGUUUGUGGGCGUUUUGGCUGUUGAUAGUUUUCAAUUAGGAUCUAAACCCCUGAUGGUGGCUACUUCUGUGCCGUACCCCUAUCCCGGAAGCAAUUAUUGUCCGAUGAGCCCGGAUUGUGAUAUCAUGAGAUGAGUAGUAGGGACUUUGCGAAAAGACUCUGGAUGUGGGUCAAACGGGGUUCUGGGCCAAUGAGAUCGCUAGAAUUUGACUUUAGAUGCGAAAUCGCAAAGUCUCUAGUAACAGAUAAAACGCAGCUUUUUGUGCCUCGGUAAGAGAGAGAUAAAGGACCGGUGUUGUUGGCUAACGUUAACCCUGACUGCCCUUAAACUCUUACCAAUGUCUAGCGGGGCGUUUUAUUCUCAAAUGGGAGGUAUAGUAUGAUACCGGAAAACCAAAAAUAACUCCUCAGGUAAUUUUGUAAAAAAACCCUCUUAAAAGCAUUUGAUGAUUGCUAUUUUAUUUUAUUUUAUCAAUACAUUCAAGAUUGGUGACUGGAAUCAUAUUGCAGGGGGCUAUUUGAGAAGGAUGUGCAACAUCUUCAACUCUGUGUAAAGCUGCCACAAUGACUUCCUGGAUGACCAUAGGUGAAAUAAAAACUAUAUAUCAAUUCUAAUCUAUUAUUUAAACAACUUUACCAGAGGAAUUUCUGGUAUCUCCUCAAAGAGAGGCUUUUCCUAAUUUAGAGGCUUUGGAUCGAGUUGGCCGGAAGGGCAGGUUUUGGUCCGGAACCAUUCAUGCCCAGUAAAAUUUCAACCUUCUUUUAGUUUAACGGGUUCUUAAAGCCAAGGUUAGUGGCUCAAAAGGCGCAGCAUCUCCUCUCACAUUCAACUACUGGCCAGCCAUUCAUUUCUCCUCGCUAAUUACUCUCGUGCCUUAUUUUUAUGACAUUUAAGAAGCC